AUGUCUGGCGAAACAGUCAUUAAUCUUGACGAGGCCAACACCAUCAUCACGCUGAACUCGGCCUCGCAGCUACCCACCAAACUUACCGGCGACAAUUUUCCGACCUGGCGAGCCCAGCUUCUCCCCCUUCUUCACGGCCUCGACCUCCUCAAAUUCCUGGAUGGCACUCAUCCAGCUCCUGCUGCUGAUGCCCUGCUGCUGACCGUCAUCGCUGGUACAGACAAGAUCAGUUACUCCUUCACUCCAUUCUUGCAUCGAUGUCUCCCGACGUUGCACCCUAUGUUUCUGCAGCCACCAAUUCUCGUCGAGCGUGGACAAUAUUAG